AUGUUGCCACGUCCAGGCUUGAACAACGUCGCGCAGGCUCUGGUCCCCCGUGGCGUGUUCGACGAUGUUUUCUUCAUGAACCAGCUCCUCGAUGGCUUCAGGAAGAUGCAGGGUUCGCUUUUCCCAUCUGCUAAGAUGAUCCAAGACGCCUACGUAAAGGGGGGUCUCUCUCCACCUCGCCAAUCAACCGUCCGCUACCAUAAGGCUGCCGUUAAUUGUCUGACGACGGAAGGAUUCCAGGCGCUGCAGCGGAUCCAAGAGAGAUCUCACGAAGACCCCUCCAUCCACAUGGCGUCCCUUACGUGGACCACUCUCAGCCACAGCGCGUUUGGUGAAGCCGGUCAGACCAGUGGUGCGAUUCAAGCUCUUAUGCUCGAACACAUGGUUAGGUUCCGCUCCUCAUCCGACAACUCGAAGGCGCUAACGGGCGAUGAUCUACCUGACGUCGCCAAACUCGCUCACGAUGCACAUGACUUCAUGGAACGGACUGAGGCGGCAUUCGGCGCUCGUAGCGAGUGGUCCCCCGAGCUCGCAGUGCUGGUAGAAAAGUACGCCUACGUCCAGUCAGGCGCUCUCGAGACAAUUGUCCGCCCAUGGAUGAAAAAGCGGGAUGACGAGGCGAACGAACUCAGCAGCAAAUUGCCCGGCGACCGACGUUUGUCCGACGACCACUUCCACGUCAUCUCCGCCGCGAAACCCCUCGGCCGCAUCCACAAGGCUGCCACUAAGAGUAAGACAGAACCGUCGACAACCCACUACGAGACAUUCCAGAAGCGGUUUCAGGAAGUCAUGCUCGCCUACAACAUUUCCGAGCUCGUCGCCGACACUUCAUCCAGUCAAGGCUCGACGGAGGGCGACAAUGGAGUUGAGGCGACGGGGACUGGCGUCAGAAGCGGCGCGGGGGGCGGGGAGGAAGGCGAACAAACCUCUGACGGAGAAGAUGGGGAUGUUGGGGGCGGAGAGGACGGAGACUUCGGAGACGGAGAGGGAGACAUGGAUGAAGAGGGUGCGGGUGAUGAGGGAGGAAACGGCGAAGAUUACGACACCACCCCGCGGACCGGAAAUGUAAAGGGGAAGCGGAAGGGGAAGCGGAAGGGGAAGGAGAAGGCCAAAGGACAGGAGAAAGACAACGAAGGCACGGUGGUGAAGGCCAGGCAAGCGAGUCGGCGCAAGUCCACCGGUCACGGAGGGCUGCUGUUGACGCCGGCGACUGUUGAAGACGUGGAGGAGUGCAUGGCGCAAAACUUCGUCGUGCACGAGGAGUACAGCCUGCUCGAUAUGGAUCGCGAUGAGCAGGCUGCCAUCGACCUCCGCAGACGGGCCAAGUUGGUCUUGCUCAACGUCGGCGCAUUCCAGGGGUGUAAGGCCGACGACGACAGGCUCGCAGACCUCAUCUACAAUGUCCGGCACAGCAUGAUAUGCCCGCGGGGAACCAUGGCUUUCCUGGUCCCCCAUCCGUGGUUCGAGAAUGGACACCACCUGCAAGCCGCACUCACAGCUAAGGGCAUGCGCGUGGUUAUCGAGGAGAUCAUGCUGACUCUGGUGUACUCCUCUCCUAGGGCAGGACGCCCUGCGUCCGCUGCCAACGGUCAUCUGAAGUUUAGCCAGGACGCGGUCAUGCUCGUACAUCUGACCUCUUUUUCAUCCAGCAACUCGCCGACGGAUGGUUUCACUGUGAACGAGAAAGUGACGACGGACGACCUGUACGGGAACAGCACGGCGGCCAGUGUAACAUCCCAGUGUUCGUCGAUCCUCACAGACAUCCAACACCCCGGGAAAGGCGUGGACUGGCCCAAGGCUUUGAUGUUCCUCGUGAACAGAUACUCGCGUCAAGGCGACACCGUCUUACUAUUCGGCGCGGAACACAACACCAGAGUGGAAACUGCUAUUACACGCGGUCGGAAGGUUGAGGCCUUCGUCGCAUCGCCUGAGGCGGCGGUGAAAGUGGAGGCUAGGACCGAGAUCGCAUUCCAAACGGCGUAUGCGCAGGGGAUUUUUAAGGUGCGCACCGGGUAG